AUGCCGGCGACAUAUAAACUCGUCAUGGCUUUACUUAUUCUGCUUGGAGUCAAUAUUAUAUAUACAGUGCAGUGCGACUGUAAUCCAUCAUGCGCCAGCUACGUGUCACCAACUCUGUGUGUUCGCUGCUGUACUCAUUCGGUCAAAAGAUCUCUUCCUUCGAAAGGGGACUAUGGAAAACGCGCAUUUCUGGAAGAAACUGUGCCAACACAUCGAGGAAUAAGACAUCCGCUUUGGAGAAAAAAGUAUUCCCUGGAUUCGGAUCUCCCUUUCUUCAUUCGCUUGUUACUGAAAAGGAGGACGUAAUCAUUCAAAAUUAACUCCUCGACUAUGCCUGAUCUCCUAUUUUGUUCACAAUUUCUAUUCUUAUUUUCUCGUUUAACGGGUUUUAUCUGCAUUGAUCUCUUCAGUAUUCCGGAUUUUUUCUCUAGAAUAAAUUAUUCCUCGGUGUUUGUUUGCGAACCCAACCAAAUUUGAGCAGGGUUCAGUCUAUAGUAUGAGGCAACAAAACAAUGCCUUCUUUCUCAUACCCGAUUUUCAGAAAGAAUGCGAUAGCAAAUCCUCCAUCUUUACGUGAAUAUGCCAUUCUUCAGAGCAGUGUUGAGCGUUGAGCAAAAUUCCGUCUUCCGUGGUUUUUUUGUUCCGUCUUCCGGGAAAAAAGUUUUCUUCCGUCUGCCGUCUGCCGUCCUCCAGGAUUUUUUCUUCUUACCGUAAAAGAGUAAUAGCUUUUCAGAGGCCAUUUACUAGCCCCGAAGAACGCGAAUUUCCACGGGCAGUGACCCAGAUCCAAAAUUUUUGUUGUUUAGUUAUUUUUUUCAAAAAAAAAACCGGAGAAAAAGGUUCUGCAUUGACGAUUUUUUUGUUCCGUCUUCCGUCUGCCGUCUUCCGUGAGAAAAAUGUUCUUCCGUCUUCCGUUUUCCGUGUUCCGUAAAAAAUUUUUUUUCCGUACUCCAUUUCCGCUCAACUCUGCUUCAGAGCCCUCUUUCGAUACGAGCGAUCGAUGAAGUCGGUGUUCGAAGAAUUCGAGAGGAAACUGAGGAAGCGCCAGGGAGACCGCAAGACGGAGGCGCUGAAUGAGUUCGACGAUCUGAGCAGGAAGCCAGGUCAGAUGAUGUGGGAGUUUUUGGUGGACGUGGAGAAGUGA